AUGAGAGAUAUCGCAAUAUUCGCAGGCUCAUCUCAUCCAGAGUUCGCAAAGGCUGUAUGCAAACGACUGGGAAUACCGGUUGCAAGGUCAACAUUGUCUAAAUUUGCAAACAAGGAAACCAAUGUCGAGAUUGGUGAAUCCGUCAGAAACACCGAUGUAUAUAUAGUCCAGUCUGGUUGCGGUCAUGUCAAUGACAACUUUAUGGAGCUGCUCAUCAUGAUUGCUGCUUGUCGAACUGCAAGUGCAAGUAAAGUGACGGCUGUUAUACCAUGCUUCCCAUAUGCACGACAACCAGAUGCUCCUCAUAAAAGAAACGGAAUGCCGUUAGCACGGGUUCCUGCAGCUGAACUCGAAAAAAUGAGACAACUCAACGAGCUUAAUGGCAGUAUACCUGCUGCUGGGGGUAGCAUGUCGAGAGCAACCUCGUCAUCACACAUGAAUGGUAGUGUGCCCGUAUUACCAAACUCCACAUCCGCUACUGGUAUAUCACGAGGAGCAUCACCUAGAAUGGAACGAAGUAAUAGAUUCCAUGCUGAACCCUCCACCGACACCGUACCAACCAAGGAAAUGAAUAGCAGAGACUCGACAGUUGCAUUCGUUGUAGACGGCGACCAAGCAACCACUGAUGACAGCAACACCUCCCCAUCAUCCCACGCAUCUGCAUCCAACUCUGUUACUGGCAGCCAAAUAUUAUCCACGUCAGCACCUCCUAAUAUAUCACCAAUGAGGCCACCAACAUUUGCUAGUGGAACUGCCGCAGCUAUACUAGCUCAGCAUGGAGGUCCAGUUGGACCAACCCCUGCUCGAAUGCCAUCUCUAGUAAGAACAGGUUCCAAUGCAUCCGAAGAAGGUAGAAGGAUGUCGACAUUUAGUACAUCACACUCUAAUGUGGUGGUGGCUACUUUGGCUCCGCAAAUCCCGCCUCAAAUCACUCCCACUGUUCUGCCUGGACAGUCAGCUGGUGGAUAUAAGCAUUGGACUGCUCGCUCUGGUACCUUGAUUGCUAAUCUAUUGAUGGCUGCAGGUGCUGAUCAUAUCAUCACCAUGGACCUGCAUGAUCCUCAAUUUCAAGGAUUCUUCGAUAUUCCAGUCGACAACCUCCACUCUGAGCCAUUGAUACUAAAGUACAUCAAGGAAAAUAUCCCAGAUUAUCGAAAUGCUGUAAUGGUAUCUCCCGAUGCUGGUGGAGCCAAGAGAGCAACUGGAAUAGCAGAUAAACUCAACAUGAACUUUGCCAUGGUCCACAAAGAACGCCGAAACGUCAACUCACCCACAUCCGAUAUGAUGCUAGUCGGUGACGUUAAAAAUAAAGUCUGUAUCCUCAUCGACGAUAUAGCCGAUACCUCCUUCACCAUCACGAAAGCCGCCAAAGUAUUAAAGGAAUUCGGAGCUACACGUAUAUACGCCUUGAUUACUCAUGCCAUCAUGAGUGGUGAUGCUAUAGAACGGAUUAAAGCAUCGUCUAUUGAUGAAGUCGUCGUAUCAAAUAGUGUCCCGCAAGAAGACCAUUUGGCUAAAUGCCCAAAGAUGAAGGUGUUUGAUAUUACUACAUUGUUUGCUGAAGCUAUAAGAAGGAUCCAUAAUGGAGAGUCUGUGUCCUUCCUUUUCGAUGUGGUGCCUAUCUGA